CUCAUCAAAAAAAAUUUAUCUUCUUCAAAAUUUGGUCUCGUAACAGAGUCAACCUUAUAGUUGAAAAUAUAAAGUGUAAAGUAGAGUAAUUCUUAGUGUUGCUAUACAACAUCCAGCUCUCAACAACUCUCUUUUUUAACUGCUGUGUUGACCCCACAUUUUUUUGAAAAGAAUUAGACUCCUAGUUAAGUCUGCUGACUUUACUGAAGAUUGAUAAACGCCUCGUUUUUAGUAGUCAAGGGAAAACUAAACGGAGGUGGGUUAGAUUGACCAAAAGUUGACUCAGCUGUAGUAAAAGCUUGAUUUCAUUUUUUUAUCACGUGCUAUCGUUGUCUUUCAGCAACAAAAGAGAAUUGAUAAUUAAGUAAGUUGAAAGCUAAAUUGAAUUGUCACUGAAAGAUGACGUCGGACAACGAACGCACCCCUGCAGCCGAUGGUCCUGCUACAGUGAUCGGGAGCAGUGGAAGCGGAGGCUCGGCCUCGUCAAAACCGGCGAGCAAAAAAGACCCUGCAAAGGGAGGAAAACCGUCAGCAGCAGCAACCUCUUCCACAUCCGCGUCUUCGAACAGGGGUAAAGACACCAGGGAGAGGCGUGGCGGUGACAAUAAAGGUGGUGACAAGAACAAUAACAAAGGUGAGGGCAAGGUUGGAAAAAGCAGUGAUAGAAGGAAUAGAAGAGGAGGCAAUGGAGGUGAGCAUGGUGGCCGACAAAUGCGCAGACGAAAACGCAAAAACCUCCUCGAAGGUGUGUUAAAGCUGAAAUAUGAUGACAAAGGCUUCGGCUUCAUCAGCAACGAGCAAGUUAGCAAGGAGUUUGACUCCGACUUGUUUGCGCAUAGACGUAACUUUAAGCCGGAUGAGUGGGAUCAAUGCGCAAGAGGCGACACUGUUAAGUUUUACCUGAAAACCAGUGAGGAUGGAAAGCCACAGGCGCACCGAGUGCGAUACGCAGGCGAUCCAGGUGUUUUAGCUGAGCGAGUCACAGAAGGUAAAGGAAAAAUUAUGAUGCAGUUUUUGAAAAGAUGCACUUAUGGAUACUUAUUUCAACUUGUCGUGAUGCGAGUCGUUAUCAAUAUGUACUUAAAAAUGCUGUUCCGGUUACAUAGAGCUUGCUUGCAACUUUGGCAAGCCAUGAUGUAUACUCGUGUAGGAUUACGGCUGCAAGAUCCUGUGGCUCGAAUUGUCCACGACUGGUAUGUGCAUUUCUUAUUUUAUGAUUACCAAGUAGAGGAGAAAAUUGAUAAAAUGUUUUUUAGACGAUUCUGUCUUUUCACCCUUUUCAUAUGCGAGAAGCAAGUGUAUCAACCGUACUGGAGCCCGAAAGACGUGAUGGCGGGUCUGCGCGAUGGUUCACUCACCGAAGGAACGCUGAGGGUAAAUCCUAAGAAGCCCACAAGUGCCUAUGUCGAUCUUGGCGGCAACAAAAAGGAUGGCGAAAAAGACUGGCUUGUUUUGGGUUACCAGAAUCGUAAUCGUGCUGUUCACGGUGACCGUGUAGUAGUCCGCCUUCUACCGCAAGAGGAAGGAGAGGUGGAAAAAGAGGAGGAAGAAAGGGACCCGGAGGAAGAAGACGACGAGGAAGCUCCCGAUACGGACCUUCAGCAUGCGCUGGAGGACGCACUGCUAGCAGCUGAGACGGAAGAGAAAUUAACGCUAACAGAGAAAUCACCAGCAAACACUGCUAAUGGGGAGGUGGAAAGGACACCUCGUGGAGCUGCGGAUACAGGAGCAGAUGAGAGCGAGGAUGCUGAUAGUGACGACGACGAUGAGAUCGAAGGAGGAGCGGCAUCGAGUCGGGCGAGAAAUAAUAUGACACUCAAUGUGGUCGACGCACUUCUAGCUCCCGAGCUCCUGGAGCCGGAAGCGCAACCCGACGAAGAACAGCACGGCUUCCGCCUUGCGCAAGUAGUGUAUAUUGGCGACUACUCUGGUAGAAAUCGUACGUAUGUCUGCACACUAUGUCCCAACAACGUGGAGGGCACUUCCGGAAAAACAUCAGUGGUGAAAGAAACGGAAAAGUUUGUCAAGGCCAUGCCAGUGGAUAAAAAAUAUCCUUGGAUCCUCAUCUACCUCAAAGACGAAAUCAAGGCACAAUUGGGACUGACGCCGGGCGUGCCAGGAAAAGUGAAUAAAUUCAUGUACUGGGCAGUGAAAAUUCAAAAGUGGGACGAAACUAGUAUUUUGCCGCUGGGUUCUCUCGCCGAAAAACCAAUCGGAGAAGCUGGUGACGCCCAGGCGGAGGUCAUAAAAGCAUUGGAGGAAAAUGAGCUGAUGGAUCACAACAAAAAUUUUGACGACGAGAUGCUAGAUGAGGUAUGAUUUUUAUUUCAAAUAACUCUAUGUCUACAACUUGCCACUUCGAUUCACUGAGAUCUUCUUUUCGGAAACUCGAUUUUAUUCGAAUACCAAUUACGAUGAACAACUCCUCAUUUCACUUUUGCUGUUGAUCAAAAUGUCGCAGAUCUUCAAUCAUGCUCUUUGAUUUGUUCUACUGAGAAGUAUCUCUGUUACAGGUCGACGCUAUUGUUGCGCACACGACGGAAAACUUCGAGCGCAUCGCAGCGCAGCGCAUGGACCUGCGUGCAGGCAAGCGGGACAACACGGAUGGCAGUAUCCGGGUGAUGACGAUCGAUCCGAAAACCGCGCGUGAUUUGGACGAUGCCAUUCAUGUGAAAAAGAUCAGUAGUGAAAUAACCGAAUUUGGCGUCCAUAUUGCCGAUGUUGGGCACUUCGUGAAACCCGGCUCUCGUGUCGAUAAGGAGGCGAAGUUUCGGUGUACGAGCGUGUACAUGCCGGAUCGAGUGCUGCCUAUGUUGCCGCACGCUUUGUGUAAUCAUUUGUGCUCCCUGAAUCCAAACGAAACGAAGUGCGCCUUCAGCUGCUUUUUCCGAAUUAACAAAGCUGGGCAAUUGAUGGUCGACAAGGAAAACGAACCGUGGAUCGCCAAAACAGUGAUUAACACGUGCUGUCGCUUCAACUACGACCAGGUGCAGGAGCUCUACGACGGAAAGACGCUCGAGGGUGACGAGAGACCCGAAGUUUAUCACGGGGUACAACUUCUGCUUCCACUUGGGUUGUGCUGUAUGAUCGAGAUAUUUAAUUGAAAUGAAAUUUGCUUUAUGUGCUGUGCGAAAAAAACUUUUGUUUCUACUGAGCAAAUAGGUAUUAUGUCUAUCGGUCUUACUUUAUCCUAUUUUUUUCAGGCUGCGUGGGAAGCAUGCGUGUCAGAUUUGUUUUUGAUUUAUCGAGUUUGCACGAAGAUUCGUACGGCGCGCUUCAGCAAUGGAGCACUUGCGAUGCACAAGAGCAAGUUAAUAUUCAAGACAACGGACGACAAUUUCGGAAAACCGACGGGGUACGCGACAGAAGUCCACUCUGCCUCUCAUUGGGUCAUCGAGGAAUUGAUGUUGCUUGCCAACAAAGCCGUGGCUAGGCUUCAACAGCGCCAUGAAUUGUUUGACACCCUAGCAGUGCUGCGAAAUCACCCUCCCCCCGACGAGAAGAAGUCAAAACGCGUUCUCGAAGUCAUGGGUCUUUGUGGCAUUCAGUACUCGAACAAAGAUGCAGGCGAGUUACAUCAAUGUAUUUAAUUUUCAGACCUUGGUACUACGAACAGGAACAUAAUGCUGGUGAUGGUGCUGGCUAUUGUUGAAGAAUACUAUCACGUGAAUUUAUUUUGGCCACACUGAGAUUUGAAAAUGAGCUGCAGGUAGCUUUAAAUACUUAGAGGAAGCUCAAUGGUUCUUUUCGGCACAGUAAGCAAAGACUGAGUCAUCUUCUACUUUUUUUGACUGCGUUCGACCAGGUCUCCAGAAUAUCCACAAGAGGUACGGUCCAGAGGUUGCCGCGACCGCUUCCAUGUUAACGAUGAAAUGCGGUAUGCGACCAGCCGCGUAUUUUAUCGGAGAAGAGGAGAGUUCCCAUCACUUCGCUUUGAACUUUGAUCAGUACACCCACUUUACAUCCCCCAUUCGACGCUACGCGGACGUGAUGGUUCACCGAGUCCUGAACGCGAUUCUGGAGAAGAAGACAAAAGAACAGUUCCUACAAGAAGAUUUGGACGAUGACGAUCGCGAGGCAGUCCCGGAAAAAGAUCAGGGCUUGAAGACUUUACUGCCAGAUCUCAACACAGACGAUUUGGAGGAGGACGAGUACGACAAGCACGGUCGUGUAAAAACUGGGAAAGCGCUGGGGGCUGGAAGGUGAGGAUGCUGAGCUUACAGAAUAAAUUUUGGUUUUAUAUGGUGUAAGGCCCACUUUCAACAUGAUUUUUUGAUUCGCAAUAUUCUUCUGCAAUGCAAAAGCACAUUGUUGGUUUGGUAAAGAAAAGAUUAUUUUUUAUCGAAAAGAAAUCUGGAUGUACAUAAUUACUCCCCACUGAAGUACCGAUUUUUAGGCACCGCGGCGGCGCUGGAGGUGAUGAGAACAAGCUGCUCGACGUCGAGGGUGGAGAAGGCGAGGAGAAGAAGAGCCAAGCCAACAUCGCUAUGACCAAUCAGUGUAAGAAAUGUAACGGUAAGAAGAAAGCUUCCAAGGACUGCCAGGAAGGGCUAGAUCGCGCGUGGUUUUGCAUGCUCUUGCGCGGCCUCAAGUCCUGGUGGUAUCGUGCCGCGACCGUCACGGAAAUUGAAGCGGAUGGAAUCACUGUUUUCGCUCAUGAAAUCGGGAAAGAGAAGAAAAUCAUGGCCGCUGAUAUACGGACCAAACACUAUAUUCCGGAUUUAUUCGUGAAGGAAGUAAAAGACGAAAUUUUUCUGCCAGACGUGUUUGAGUAUUUUUCAAAGAGCCAUAUGAAAGUGACUUGGACAAAUCGCAAGGUGGAAGACACCCAGUUUCUGUACGGAGACGACCGACCAGAACUGGAAGAGCACGAUGGAGAAAUCAUCGGGGGUACUUAAAAGUUGGACAGCAAAAUCGACAGAUUUUUAAUUUUUCAUAUCAGAAAGCAAGUGUGACAUGUGGCAAAUGAUUGUCAGAAGACAUCGAAAAGUUUCGUCUUAUGGUCGUAUCACUUCUUCAGAAGGCCUACGUCAUCGUGUACGUCCAGAACACAAAACUAAAAACUAACAACAGCCGACGUCGCAGCGCCGCCGGGCAUGGAAGCAAUAGCACCGGAAGAGCAAGACGUUGAGCAAGAUAUCCACCUUUUAUCAGUGGUUCCAAUAGUACUGAUCCCAACAAAGACGGUUCCUAUUGAUUUCGUGAUGCUGCUCGUCUCUCCCUUCCAUCCACAGUGGAAGCAAGUGAAGAUUUCUGAAAAGGAACGCGCCGGCUUCAACAAGGCACCAGUGGAAGCACAAGAGGGCGGCGGCGAUGACGCAUUUUCAGAAGAUGAUUAUGGCACCGCGAAAAAAGCGCCAAAAGCCGCAGCAAAGUCCAAGGGCUUGGGGAAGAAGCGUGGAGGUGGACGGGGCGCGUAAACACAACAAAGUCCGUCCAGUCGGAGCUCCCAAAAAAAGUUUCCCCCGACGGAUCCCUCUCCAUCCGUUCCGUGAUGCUUGAGUAGUUCCCCUUCCCGGAUAGUGCCCCUUGCGCUAAGCACUUCGCCGAUAUUUAAUUCGUUUUUCGCUGAUGGCAAUUUUUCAAGAAAGUAGCUUUUUCACUUACUCUACAAUUGUACCUCCACGAGUUGACUCUCCUAAGUAUUGUCGAUUGCUCGACGGAGGCCGCAAUAUCCUACCCAGUCAUCAUUUGUUGUGGCUUUUGAAACAGUGAAAGCCGCGAGCGGCUGGAUCCCCAAUUAUACAUUAGCCUAUUUCCGAGAAACCACAAAUAAAGAAAAGAAAAUGACAAAAAAAAAUCCUGUCUGACAGAAGUCGGUUGGCAAUAUUAUCGC